GCGCACAACAACGCAAGCGUACAGCGAGGUUUCAAUUUUUUUCUCUAAAGCCGGACUCGGGCCGCGGAUCGCAACAAGGUUGACGCACCGAGGCAAAAACGAACGAACGACCCCAACCAGGAGAAUGUCUGAACCCAUGUACCGCGAUUGGAUUUUGGACACUAUUGACUCACUGCGGUCGCGAAAAGCCAGACCAGACCUUGAAAGAAUUUGUCGAAUGGUCCGGAGACGACAUGGAUCAGCGCCAGAACAAACCAGCGAGGAACUCGAGAAACUGAUCCAAGAGCAAACAGUCUUGAAAGUUAACUACAAGGGCUCGAUUUCCUAUCGAAAUGCAGCCAAAGUAGUCAGAAGAAGCAGGAAAAAGGAUGAUCACACGACCAAAAMAACUGCCGUGGAAGAAGCUAACCACUCCGAUUUGAGCAACGGGGACAGCGCYCUCGGUCCCAUUGACCAGGAUGAGACGGAGCAUUUGGAGAAUGAGGUGCCAGUGUCAAUGGAGACAGACAGCACCAUGGAAGAGGAGGAAGAACAGGAGGGGGCUGAUGAAGAUGGCCAUGAGGGCUCCUCUCCCUCUCCUGGGGGUGAGGAUGCUGUGCAGGGGGGUUCUGGUGCUGCCCACCCCUACUCUGCCCCCUGCUCCCCCAGCAGCUCUCGCCCUGGCCACAGCCCUGUGUCUGACCACCCCUCUACCUGCAAGACCAGUAAGAGGUCCAGCCCUCUGUCCCCCUCUAGUCCCCUGGCCCUCAGGCAGAAUGACUGUGUGUUUGACUCUGCCUUCUGCCCUGCUGACCAUGGACCCUCAGGGAUGCAGAGAAACACAGGAACUGGGGCGACGAUAGUACAGCCAUCGGGGACCUGUCCAUGGGUUCAGAAGAGCUUGGUGAAGAGAGAGGAUGGGGUGAGGAUGGAGGAGAGUGGCCUCACUUCUGACCAACUGGUUCCUGACUGUGUGGAUGAGACCAUGAAGGGUUCUGACAGACAGCCCAAGACGUUGUCUUUUCCCUCUGACGACUGUGUUAAAUACAAGAAGGGGAUGGACYUUGCCUCUUACGUGAUGGCUCAAGACGAUGUCAAGAACGAUGUGAAAAACAGAGAAAUCUCUGUGAAGAAGGAGACGCUGAGGCAGAACUUAUUGCUGUGGAGCGUGGCGGACGUGGCCACCUACAUCUCUGCUGCAGGCUUUCCAGAGCAGGCUGUAGCUUUCAGAACACAGGAAAUUGAUGGAAAGUCCUUGCUCCUGAUGCAGCGCAGUGACGUGUUAACUGGCCUGUCCAUCAGACUUGGGCCCGCCCUAAAGAUCUACGAGCGCCAUGUGAAGGUGCUGCAGAGGACCCACUUCCUGGAUGAGGAGGAUGAUCUCUGACCACGGUUGGGGGGAACAGAACAACACACUCCUCUGAGGAGCAGAUGUAUUCAUACAGUAUACACACAUACUGUGUUCACUGGAUCUCUAGAACCUUCUGUAACCYUUCAAGGAGGUMUGGGGAAAAGGACACUGUGGUCGUGACUUGGGCCUUGACAGUGAUUAUCAACAUGUGUACGUGGGCUUCCAUUCCACCUCUGUGUGGUACUGCUGUCACCUGACCCAUUCUGGUGGUAUUGCUUUUAUAGGAUCCCUCUCUAAACUCAUACAGGAAUGUUAGGAUCCUGCCUAAGGACGCUAUAGAAGCCAAGUGGAGGUCUGCCUGUUCUGUAAGGGGAGGUCUGCCUGUUCUGUAAGGGGAGGUCUGCCUGUUCUGUAAGGGGAGGCGGGUCAGUGAGUGCAGCCAGUGAGAAAGACUUUCUCUGGAUUCCUCACACUCUACACUUGGCUACCACUGGAGCCUACUUUAAAAUACGGUUUCGUUGCUCCCUGAAUCAGUUCCACAAUAAAAUAAUAACAUGUAUACUUGGAAUAUCUGUUCCACAAAUAUGGUCUUGCAUUCUUCAAUGUUUACUCAGACAGUAUUUUUUUUUAAAGACGUCAUAUAUACCCUCCAUUUAUCUAGAAACUCAACGUUGUUUUUCUUUUAUGAUGACAAUGUGAACUGAUUUAAUUUGAGAAUGUACAAUAU